UUUGAGAGCUCCUCCUACAACUUUACAAUCAAGGAGAACGAACCUGAGGCCACGAUAGUAGGCAAAGUCAAGGCAUUAACAGGGAGUCCACUGGUUACAGUCAGCUAUAACAUGAAGUCACACAAGGAUGUCUUCUCUGUGGAUGGUGAGGGAAUCAUAAAAGCUCUCAGACCACUGGACAAGGAGGAAGAGGAGUGGUACAUCCUCACAGUAGAGGCCAUAGACUCCAGAACUCCUCCAAACACUGCAGAGACAAUGGUCAGUGGUCAGGUUGUGAAUGUGAAUGAGGCUCCUGUGUUUGAUGCUACAAUAUAUGAGGCCCAAAUCCCCAGUAAAUCUCCAUACAAAUUCCCUAUAGUGAAGGUUCAGGCAUCAGACCCUGAUGUGGGCGAGAGCUCAAAAUUGCAGUAUUCCCUACUGGAGCACUGUCCACUGCUGGAUGUAGAGGCAAACACUGGUCAGCUCUACGUACUGGAUGUAUCCGGUUUUGGAGAUGGUCUGUUCACCUUACAGGUUAAAGCCACUGAUGAACUCGGACUGUUCACAACUACAACAGUAAUGAUCAGAGUGAGAGAAAGUGCAAGUGACAACUUUGUGGUCAUUCCAAAAAAGCCUAUGUUCAAACUGAAGAAGAUGAUACCAAAGAAAUGAUGCCCCUGCUCGGCAUGGGCUCUUUG